AAGUUUCAAGUUUUUAGCUGCUCGUCAGGCUACCUAAUGUCUCUCGCUCGUUUUUUUUUUUUUAAUUUGUUUUUAACAUUAAAAUCUAAUCGGUGCGCUAAGAUGAAAGGAUGUGCAGCGCUGCUCUUGUUGGCCACCUUUUUUGCCAAUUCUGUGGCUUCAAAAUCUUACGAGGGAUUUAUUUUAGAUGGCAGGCUUACCAGACGAAGCCUUUGGACAAACUCGCCUUGAUGGGUAUUCAGAGAAAUGUCCUGUCGAAUUCCAAAUUUCAAAUAUGGAGGCAGCCGCAGCUGAAUAGGCCAGCAGAAAUUUUAGUUUGCCCGAAAAAUCGUGCCCAACUGUUGAAGAUCUUGAAAAAAAUUGGGAUAAAAGCACAUCUUUACAUCAAUGACGUGGAAAAAGUUUUACGUAAAGAAAGGCAAGCGAUUGAUAAUAUCAAAAAAAGAGAAAAAUAUGGCUUAGUUUAUAAUGUUACUUUUGAUAGGUACAUGAAUUUUGAUGAGAUCACUGAAUAUGUAAAUGAGGUUGCAUCGAAAUUCCCUUCAAUCGCCUCGGUUGAAACAAUAGGUACCAGUUUUGAGGGCCGACCACAAACCGUUCUAAAACUUUCCAGUGGAAACAGUACAAGUAAAAUUGGAGUUUUCGUGGACGCAGCAAUUCACGCCGCUGAGUGGCUUGGUCCGGCCGUGGCGCUCAACGCAAUUCACCAACUCACGGAGAACCAAGCGGCCAACCAGGACUAUCUGGACAUGGCAGACUGGUACAUUCUGCCAGUGGCCAACCCUGACGGGUAUGUCUUCUCAUGGGAACAGGAUCGCCUGUGGAGAAAAACAAGGCGACCGAACGAAGGCUCCAGUUGCUUUGGCGCAGAUCCGAACAGGAAUUUCAAUAUCCAUUGGGGAGAGGGAGGAGAGAGAGAUGCGUGUGUGUGGAACUGUCCUGGGCCCAAUGUUUAUUCAGAGAUCGAAUCAAAGAACAUGGCUGACUUCUUGAUUGAAAAAGGUCUGACAGGUGUUAUUGAUUUGUACAUGACCCUACACACCGAUGGACAAGUUCUUUUGCAUCCGUACGGAUAUUCAACAGAUAUUCCUCCAAAUUCUGGUGAUAUUAUUUCAUCUGGUGACUUAGCAGUGAAAGCCUUAGAGUCGGUUCGAGGGACGAAGUAUACCGUUGGAAGCAUUGCCAAUAUUAUGUAUUUGGCGUACGGCAAUAGUCAAGACUUUGCCUACGAUGAGGCUGAAAUUCCUUUUGCCUACACUUGGGAGCUUCCAGGGGGCGGCGAAAACGGUCAUGACCCUCCUCCCUCUGAAAUAAAACCAGUCGUUACAGAAACGUGGGAAGGCUUUAAAGCAAUGGUCCGCAAUGUUUACAAUAUUCGCAAAAAAAUAUAAAAAGACACCUUAUAGUUCAAUUGAGAAAAAGCAUUUUUUUCAAUACAAUUCGCGGUGUAUUUUAAGUUAGAUUUACUAAUUACUACAAGGAAUUCACAAGAUUGAACUUGAUCAAAAUUUGUUUUUGAAAAAGCCAAAUUUUUUCUAGAUGAUUUUUUAUCAAAGCAGGUUUCAUAAAAACAAUAGAAAAAUACACUUCUAAAAUGAAGGAGAUUAAUAGAUUUUUUUCCAUUUCCAAAUUACCAUUAAUAUUGCUUUUUUGUGAUUGCAAAAGUCACAAAUGAU